UUCCUAGUCAUAUGACCCAUUCAGAAAAAAACCGGAAGUACUGGUUCGGUAUUUUCAACGAGUAGAGCAGUGGGAUUAUUGUCUUCAUCAUGCAAUUAUGUAAAACAAGUGCGUUUGCGGUAUUGACGGUAGUUACUCUUUGUCUUUCUACGACCGUUGACAGCGACAUUGACAAUGUUUCAGAUGAAGAGGACGCAUCGAGGUACCUCUCCGGACUGAGCCCCGUCCUCCUACCCGCCGUGGACCCUCUAUCAUCAUCACACACUCUGUCAGCCGUUGUGGCCCAAGAUCUAGAGAUCAACCAAACCUGUCGCAACCUGGCCACUAUAUUCCAUGAUCGAUACAUCGCAUACGCAGAUUGUCUGGUGAAGUCUGCCCGUCCUGUCGAAGUGUGUCUCAACUGUUUUGAAGGUUAUGCUCUCCUGUCAGAAAUAUAUGCAAACAUUUCAAACGACCAGGUUGGUCCUGGUAACUGUAGAGACAGUCUUCUCAGGAGUGAUCGGCUCAUGCUGAUUUAUCUGCUGUACGGCAAUCUGCAGAAUAUCUGGAGGAACUCAGGCUGCGAAAACUGUGUCAACACAGAACAGCAGACCGUGAAGAAUGACACUCUUUACUUCAUGAAUGAGCGCAACCAAUCCAUCUCCUGCUUUGACCAGUAUAAACAGGAAAACCACUCAGACCUGUGUGUGAAAUGUAAGAGCAAGUAUGAAAGCCUGAAUGUGCUCUACCGCGGCAUGGAGAAGAACACCUCUCUGUGUAUCGACAUUGAGGAUGCGAUGAACGUGACCCGUAGGCUUUGGAGUAAGAACUACAACUGCAUCGCCCCCCGAGAAGGGAUGAUUCCAGUCAUCGCCGUCUCUUGCUUCAUGCUCUUUCUGCCCAUCAUCUUCUACUUGAGCAGCUACCUUCACUCGGAACAAAAGAAACUCAAGCUCAUACACCCCAAGAGAGCCAAGUCCAACAACAGCCUCAUGAACAUCCAGGAUAAGUUCAGCUGAUGCUGUGGGAGAAGGUCAGCGUUAUGGCCACUUGUUGCCAGCGUCCUCACCUACCCCCGGGCCUUCCUUUGUCCUCUGCCAAUGGCCGACCUCUCCAUGUGCACUGCUGCUGAAGAGGGCUCCACUAAAGUAUUCCUGGCUUAUCGCUUACAGGGGAGACUUUUGACUCCAAAUGAUAUGAAGAUGACCUCUCAGCCGUACCUGGACGAUUCUUGUCGCUGUUGAGGCUGAAAUGUUGAAGAUAAAUAAUAGGAAUAAUAAUUACAUUAAUACAUUAAGCAUGUUUCAUGCACACUGUUUUAUUUGUAUUUCUUUUAGGCUUACUAACAUGAAGUUCUGUGCUAAACUGCAGUUAUAUUUAAGUCAAGUUAACUUCUACAUUGUUUUGGCUCACCAAUUU